AUGGAGGCACUUUUCAAGGAGUUGAACUUUGCAGAAAUACGGAAGUGCGUGGAGCAAGAUGAGGCCCAAGUUGGAAGAGUCGCCAAAUGGAUAUGCGCGAACAACCUCUACAUAACUUUACAAAUGUUGGCAAAAUGCAAAAAUGGGGGGAAGCCAAAUCUGAAGAUGAACGUAAUGGACGAAUUAGAUGAAAAAAUUAGCAACCCAGAAAACGAAGAAUUACUAUCUUGUACAGAAAAGUAUGUCUCACUUUUGGAGAAAAUUAUUCUCCAUUAUGAGGAACUAGACGUAGAAACGAAUAAGAAGAUAUUUGAAAUUUAUUCCACCGUAUCACUGAGAGUUUUGAUUUUUUCCAACCAUGAGUUUGCCACCUACCUGCAAAAGUCCCUACUCGCCCUGAUUCGAAAUAUACAUAUGAAAAAGCAGCACACUUCCCGCCAUAAAAAUGCCUAUUCGUAUAACCUUUUAAAUUGUCUGCACAAUCUUUAUUUCUUCAUCAACCUACCUGAUUUUAUUUUUCUACAUUGCUUACUAAUUUAUUUGUGCUCAAAUGUUAAUUGCGAUAGGAGCAGUACAAUGGGAAAGAAGAAGGAGGAUAAAUUACUUAUCCACACGUUGAGAAAAAUUAGUCAGCUCUUUGAAAGGCUCGUCUUUCCCCUCAACGGCGGAAAAAUUCUUCAUGGCGAGGCCCCCUUUGAUGAGAGCCCCCGACCAGGAGAGAUUCCUCCAGUCCAUGUUCACCCCAUUUCAGACACACUGAACAACUCGGACACAAAAAUUAUCUACAAAAUUGGAAAGACAUUCAAGUUAAUGUAUGAAAAUAUUUGCUCGACAUUUGACACCAAUAAGUAUCCAGUUAAUGAAAUAGAAUUUCAACAGAAUUACUCCCCAGAAAAUGUAAAUGUGAACAACUUUCUCCUGCUACUGAAAAUUAUGUCCCCCAACUUUAUCGCGUGGGUAUCAAAAGAAAAGAAAAAAGAAGAAGUAACAGCAGAAGGGAAAGCGACAAAGGGGGAAGCGGCGAAAGGGGGGGAAACUCCCCCAGGGAUAAUCCCCAUUCCGAAAGAAACACAAACACAGUGCUACUCCUUCAAGUACCUGUACAUUAUAGACACCUCACAAAGUUAUCCUUACGCGAAGGAAGCUUUUGACACCAUUUUCUUCUUCCAUUUUGUGCUUCACGCACUGCAUAAGAUGGGAAAGCAUAAAUGGGGAAACCAAAUUGAGCAGCUAAUGUCGAGAACACUAAACAACUGCCAUGGUCUUCUGGAAAGGAAUUAUUACUCCCCAGGAGGAUGGACUCCCACACGAAUUUUCCACAUUAGAGAAAAACAAGAGGUGGAACACAUGAAAGGGAGAGGAAAGGAAAAGCGGGAAAUAGGUGUACCGGCGGAGGGAACCACUUUGGGGGAUCCACCUCAUGGGAAUGAAACCGCGGGCGGUACCAAACUUAGGGAAAAAUUGCCACAUUUGAGGGGGGACAUUCCGAAGGGGGCCCCCCUAAACGAAGAACCGCUCACGAAAUUACGCGACCUUCACGAAGAGGAAAAAACGACUCUGCUGGAUGCCAUCUUCAAGAAUAGGGAUGAAUUGAUGCUCAAAUUGAAGAGCCUUAUCAUUUGGGGAUACACCCAAGUAGAUGAUGUGGAAGAAUGGAAUUUUCUAAACUUAGCAAAUUCCUUCAUCUUCACGGAUUACGCAUGGAGUAGGCUUUACAAAAAGGGGAAUUACCUACACGAAUAUUUAUUCAAGAAAAAUAAUUUUUUUACCUAUAACUACGCUGUCUUUAAAAGCACAUACGAGUGUAAAACGUUGAGUUUUAAGUACAUGGAUUUUUUCUCCAAUUUUGUUGCCCUCCUCGUACUUAACAUGGUAUCAGCACUAAUCAGAUUUUGCCUAAAAAUGGAGGAAUUACAUGAUGAGAAAACAAACAAAACAGAUUCUCAAGAGGAUCCCAACGAGAAAACUGAACAAGACAACUCUUUGUCAUAUGAGACGCGAGAUUCUUCCUCCAUAGUGGAAGGAACAAACCCGAUUGGAAAGAACAGAAUUUCUGUGCCCCCCGAGAUGGACGCAAAAAAUGGAGAACUUACAAAGAAAUGUAAUAAAUGUGGAAGAUCAGACAUAUUUGAAAUUCCGCUUAACGAACUCAGCGAGGAUGUUAUCAGCGGACACCUCCCUUUAAUUCCUCCACAAACGAGUGAGAACGUUGAAACUCUUUUUAACGACUUCGUUUUUAUCUGCUUCAAAUUGAUCAGCUGUCCUUCCGAUGAUGUGCAGGCCAAAUCCCUGUCAGUUCUAUCUUGUCUUACGCCAAACAUCCGUAAGGUAAGCGAUUGGUAUAUAAAAUAUAUGAAUAGAAAAAUAGACAAAUUAUUUGCCCUAAUCGAUGGAGGGGAAAACGAUUAUGAUUACACGGGUAAGGGGUGCUACUGCUGGAAGAGCCAAGUUAUCAAAAACUACGUUCAUCUGAAAUGCAAACUGGACAAAAAGAUAAACAUCAACUUGAUAAAAUCAUUGCAAAAUCUAAUAAAUAUCUGUAUGUUCAAAAAUUACAAUAAAGAUAUAUGUGUAAUAGUUUGUAAAAAUAUCAUUACAUGCUUUUAUUACCACCCAGUAUUAUUCCCAUUCCUAUUACAUAAAUAUAUGAACGUACUUUUUUACCUCAUGGAGACAGACGAUGUCGACGUGGUGGCAAAUUCGUUGAGGUGUCUUUUCCUACUGUUCCAGAUAAAUUCGGAAAACGUUAAAAUAUACUGCCACGAUAUUGUGUACAGAUUGCAUUUACUCUUCAAUAUUUUCAACCAAUGGGACUUAACUGAUUUGAGGAAGGAAGAAACCAUCCAACUGGACACCCCUGUAAAGAACAUUGCUGAAGAAUACAUCUCGACCAGUGUCACUUAUUUUUUAAAAAAGUUUUAUUUUCAAAUUAAACACGUAGAUAGGGCCAGCUCCGAAAUUUUGAUGCUCAUGAAACUUAUUCUGCACAGUAUAUAUAUUGCAAUUUCUGCCACAGAAUAUUAUCAGCUCAUUCGUAUAUUUUCAGACGACCCCCUGGAAUAUGGCAAAUAUUCCAAAGGCUUCCACACUUUUGCUACUUUCUAG